AUCCAUUACCUGACCGAAUCUAUCCGCUGCUGUGGGGCAGGAACUGCCGCCGACACAGAAUUCGUCACUAACUUGAUAUCCUCAAACAUGGAAAUGCACGCUCUCACUCACGGACGCAAGCCUCGAGUAGUCACUGCUAUGACAAUGCUCAAGCAGUAUCUUUUCCGAUACCAAGGUCAAGUCGGUGCUGCUCUCGUACUUGGAGGCGUAGACUCUACAGGCCCAAAUUUAUUCACUAUUGCCCCUCAUGGAUCAACGGACAAGCUUCCCUACGUGACUAUGGGCUCUGGUAGUCUGGCUGCGAUGGCUGUCUUCGAGAGUAAUUGGCGGGCGAACAUGUCUCGUGCUGAUGCUCUUCAGCUCGUCAAAGACGCGAUAUCUGCCGGUAUCUUCAACGAUCUCGGAUCCGGAUCCAAUGUCGACGCGUGCAUCAUCAGGUCAUACUGGACCUCUGAUCUUCGUGGAUCAUUUAUCAAUGGCGUAGACACUGAUAUGAAUACUGAUUGCUUUAUUCUUCAUUCAUCUCGCUUGUAA